UUCGCUUUGUAGUCGGAUUCGAUGUUUAGACUCGACUCUCGAGCAGAGUCGAGUCAAGCGCCGACAAGUCUAAGUCAGUUACACGUUGCACGCCAGCACGUCGAGUCGUCCAAUUCAGCUACACGUCUUUAUAACGUCUUCACAGCGCAGACAAAGAAAUAUCUCGCAUCGACCGUUGCAAGUGUUUCUUGUGAAAAGAACAAUAUUUUCUUAUUUUACUGGUUAUAAUAAUAACUUAUAUAUUAGCGAUUGUGUUUAUGCGAGUGUGCUGGACGAUGGCCGAAAACGACCGAAACUGUUUGAAAAAAUUGCAAACUUUGCGAGCAGAGAUCAAUUGGGAGGUCGAAGAUAAGCGAAAGAAAUUUUUCCUCGAACUUCAGUCUUUAGUUGACAAUUGGAGGGGUCAACUUCCGAAUCUUCGGGAAACUUUUCAAGAGAAAGAAAUCGAUUGGAUUCUCACGGAAUCCGUAAAAACCGAUGACGACCAGAACAAGUCAAUAUCGCUCAUCGAUUUUGCGAUCAAGACGGGUUACAAGGACGAGCCCGACAUCGAUGAAGACGGCAAGGCAUCGUUGCAUCGCACCACGCCGUUACAUCGUGCGGUUAGACGCGGUAACGAUACCGCCGUACGUAUUCUUUUUAAAAUAUACGACAGAUUCGACGUGAACUACACCGACGAAUUUGGAUUAACGCAUUUUCAUGCCGCCUGCCUGGCCGGCUUGGACGACGUCGUCGAGAGAUUUCUCGAACUCGGCCAGGUUGAUAUCAAUUGCCUCGUGACAGAAACAGGUGAUCCGCCGCUAAACUUGGCUGUGGGAGGCGAACAUAAAAAGGUGGUUGAAUUAUUGUUGAGAAACGGCGCCAAUCCCAAUUUAACCAAUGAAGAUGGAUCGACAGCUCUGCACAUCAUCUGCUGGAGAGAAAACGAAGACGAUGAUUUGAUGAAGAUAUUCUUCGAAAUCAACAGCGACAUCCAGCAGACGAUACAGGUCGAUGCCCGGGACAAGUUGGGUAAUACGCCAUUGCACUUGGCUUCGCAGCUAUUCGUCAAUAUAAACGUAGCCAAAUUAUUGUUGAGAAACGGCGCCGAUCCGAUUUUGGCCGGUGAAGACGGAUUGACUCCUCUCCAUAUUUGUGCCAUGAGGCACCACAAUAGUAGCUUCGCGAAGUUAUUCUUAGACGUGAACGACGAGAUCCAGCAGACGGUGCAAAUCGAUGCUCUUGACCAUUUGGGCCGUACACCGUUACAAUUAGCCGUGGUGAAUCUUAAGUCGAAUGUAGUCGAUGUACUCUUGGAUCGUGGCGCUGAUUUAUCUGCAUUCGUAUUUCCAACCGAGAAACAUUUCGAUGAGUGUCAUACAGAAACAGAGCUUGAAAAAUUAUUCACAACAACGAUUGAACGGCAUAUACGGAAAGUGUUCCGACUAUCACACUUGCUGGUCAUCGUCAAGAGCCUGGAGAAAAAAGGAUAUGAAUUUGCCCAAAAUGACGUCUUGACGAUAAUGAAAAUAAUUGCCAAGUUCGACCUGCUCAAGAAGACGAUGGAUUUCGACGAAUGUUUGCGCAAGGACGGAGUGUUCGUAGACUGGGCCAAAACUGUCGUGUUGAGUUCGAACCUGUCGCUUUACGAAUUGAUGCAAUUACGGAUAGAAAAGGCGGAGAAAUUAUUCAAAUUUGAGGACGAUUUCGAGUGCUUGCAAGAAUUUCGGUAUUUUCCCGAAGAACCCGGUGCGGCUUUUGCUGCGCACAUGAACGAGAUCGUAAUGAGAGAAUUUGUUCGGCCCUGGGCACUGGAUUCUUUCUUCGAGCUGACGAACUACCAGUUGCCAAUUCUCUGCUGUAAAAUAAUUAUCGAGAAGUUGAUGAACCAAGAUUUAUUUCGCGUUUGCUUGGCGGCUGCAGAUCAAAGCUCGUGAUCGCGAUGAACAUA